GUUAAAUGCGAAUGUUGAGAUGUGGUUCGAAAUCCUUCCGAGUUUCCUGAUAAUCAGUACAGUCUUGGCAGUUCCGCAUUUUGGAGCUCAAGUUGGAAAUUGGCUUUUCAUAGGUAAGAGAUUCCGAAGAAAUCUUUUGGAGCGCGAAGAUCGUUUCCAUUAUAUGAGAGACAUCAGACUCACAGGCAGCUGUUAUGUUCCCUCCGGUAUAGACUGUAUCCCCGAAGAAUAGCUUACUUGAUAAUUAAUAAUCAAUAACUAGAAAUAUGCUAAAUAAAUCCUAAAAAAAAACAAGCUUAAAUUAUUAAGUAAUUUAAGA